CCGAGGCCUCAGCUAACCCUGCCAAGUCCCUCCCUCUGGAGCAGCGACUGAUGAGAUUCAGAAGCCAAUACUCAGAAGAGAAUCAAAACUCCAAUAUUACUCUUAUAAUGUGACAUAUACCACGUGACUACUUCGCGCCGCUAAUUUAGCGUCCUGCAGCGCCCGGAUUUCUUCAGAAGGAGGUAAUUGGGGGGUCAGGAAGGUCCGGAAAGCAUAGUGCAAAAUCAUGGAGAACUGGGAGGAAGAGCUGGCCAAUCCAGGAAGCAGCAGCACGGCAAAUAAUGAUGAUGAAGGCAGCUCCUGGGACAAUGGAGGAGGCAAUAAAGGCAAAGACAUCACUGACAGCUCUUGGAACAGUGGGGGAGGGAGGUUUGGAGGAAGAGACGGGUGUAGAGAUGAAGGGGGCUGCUUUGGUGGGUUUCGAGGGCGUGGCAACGUUUCAAGGGGAAGCGGGUUAAGGAGUUCCGCAGAUGAUGAAAGCAGCUCCUGGAACAGUGGAGGAGAUUGUUUUGGAGAGGCCAAUGGGGAUGGAGAUAAUGAAGGCAGCUCCUGGGACAAGGGCGGUGGUGGUUCUGGACGCAAUAGACGCAGGGAUGAUGAAGGCAGCUCCUGGGACAAUGGAGGCGGGGGUUUUGGAGGACGCAAUAGAAGCAGAGAUUAUGAUGGCAAUGGAAAUCCUGAAGGUAUCUACAACAAUGGCUCCUGGAACACUGGCGGGGGUGGCUUCAGAGCGAGAGGUGGUGGACGAGGUGGAAGGGGUACGCAGGGAGGAGGCAGAGGGUACUCAUACUCUUCAGGGAACGACGAUGAUGGAAACGAUGGGUUCGGUGGCAGUGUCGGAGGAAGAGGUGGCCGUCCUGGGGGCUUCAGUCAGGACCGUGAUGACCGAGGUGGCGGGGGAGGAAGAAGAGGGGGUCGAAGAGGAGGAUUUGGUGGUGGUGGAGGUUAUAGAGGUCGAGAUGAAGAGGUUUUCUCAAGAGGUCAAUCUUUUAAUUCUGGCCAGAAGGGUGAAGCAGAGGAUGGCGGUCCGAAGGUCAUUUAUGUCCCCCCUCCACCCCCUGAAGAAGAGGACUCCAUUUUCGCUCACUACGAGACGGGGAUCAACUUCGACAAGUACGAUGAGAUCUUAGUGGACGUCAGUGGCAGCAACCCUCCUCAGGCUGUCGUGACGUUCGAAGAGGCGGGGCUGUGCGAAACCCUGGCCAGGAACGUGAGCCGGUCGGGCUACGUGAAGCCCACCCCGGUCCAGAAACACGGCAUCCCCAUCAUCAGAGCGGGUCGUGACCUGAUGGCGUGCGCUCAGACCGGCUCUGGGAAAACGGCUGCCUUCCUGCUGCCCAUCCUGCACCAGCUGAUGGCGGGCGGGGCGGCUGCCAGCCGCUUCAGCGAGGUCCAGCAGCCCGAGGCCAUCAUCGUGGCCCCCACCCGGGAGCUCAUCAACCAGAUCUACCUGGAGGCCCGGAAGUUUGCCUUCGGAACGUGUGUGCGCCCGGUGGUGGUGUAUGGUGGCAUCAGCACAGGCUACACCAUACGAGAGGUGCUGAAGGGGUGCAACGUGCUGUGUGGGACGCCGGGCAGAUUGCUGGACAUUAUCGGACGAGGAAAGAUUGCCUUGAGUAAGCUGAGGUACCUGGUUCUGGACGAGGCUGACCGGAUGCUGGAUAUGGGCUUUGAGCCGGACAUGCGGAGGCUGGUGGGCUCUCCUGGCAUGCCCUCCAAAGAGAACCGCCAGACACUUAUGUUUAGCGCCACCUACCCUGAAGACAUCCAGAGGUUGGCUGCCGACUUCCUGAAAACUGACUACCUCUUCCUGGCCGUGGGUCAGGUGGGCGGAGCCUGCAGUGAUGUGGAGCAGAUUGUGUAUGAGGUCACCCAGUAUUCUAAACGCGACAAGUUGGUGGAGCUUCUGCAAUCAACUGGUAUGGAACGUACAAUGGUAUUUGUAGAGACGAAAAGGAAAGCUGAUUUUAUUGCUACGUUUCUCUGUCAGGAGAACAUAUCUACCACCAGCAUCCAUGGCGACCGGGAGCAGCGGGAGCGGGAGCAGGCUCUGGGGGACUUCCGCACGGGCAGGUGCCCCGUCCUGGUGGCCACGUCGGUAGCGGCCCGCGGGCUGGACGUGGAGCACGUGCAGCACGUGGUGAACUACGACCUCCCGUCCGCCGCCGACGAGUACGUGCACCGCAUCGGCAGGACCGGCCGCUGCGGCAACACGGGGCGCGCCGUGUCCUUCUUCGACCCCGCCGCCGACACCCCGCUGGCACGCUCCCUCGUCAAAGUCCUCUCAGGGGCCCAACAGGAAGUUCCUUCUUGGCUGGAGGAAAUUGCGUUUAGUGCCCACGGCACCACUGGAUUCAACCCGCGCGGGAAGGUGUUCGCAUCCAUGGACACCCGCAAAAGGGACCCACAGCCUGCGUUCGAGUGCAACGCCGAAGGCGGAGAGUCGUGGGACUGAGUUAUUCCCUGAGCCACCAAACUCUGCCUUCAGGUGUUUUUAUACAAAGGUUUUUUUCUUUCUUUUUUUUUUUUCUUUUCUUUCUCCCCCCAUGUUUCACUUGCUCAUUGUCUGAACCUGACGAGACAGACUUUAUUUCUUUUUCUUUUUGGCGUCUUUCCUGGUUUAUAACAUGAUGCAUUGAAUAGCACUGGGUCAGCAGUACACCAGUUUGGGUCAAAUUGUAUUCUACAAAGCAAGCUGUGGGACCUGCAGGCCUGUAAGUGAGGGUUAAUGAGCUUGUGUAAUAGAUGUUAGUCUGAUUUGGAUAUGCAUUUGCCAUUUCUGUCCCUUGGUCUUGGAACGGUGUGAAUCAUCACAUUACGCCACAAAUGACUUUGUAAUGGGGAAUACUUUGUGUGUCUAUGGUAGUACCUCAGAGAACCAAAUACAUCUGAAAUUUAUCAGUGGCUGUCAUAUAAAGUGCAAAUUACUAACAAUAUUUGGCCUGUCCUUUGUCAAAAAUGGUAGGUUUCUCUUUAGCAACAGCCGGUCAGCUCACUCCCUUGUGUAAUUCUGAUAAUUUCUAGUUUAUUCUCAAUGAAUAGUUACUCAUUUGUGUUUUGCAGUCGUCAUUUUGUAUGAAUGCAAUACUUCCUGCUCUAUCCCCUGUUCAGUUCACCUGAGGUUUGGAUCUCUGAGGUUCUACUGUACUUUUUUGUCUAAUUACUUUGUUUAUGCAGAAUAAAGCAGUACUUGAAGUACUUGAAGUUUGUUUCUGCAAAUAAUGCAGAAAAUGUAGCUUGAUGGAGAGUAUUUAAUUCCUGUGCUGUGUGCAUUGUAGAUCUGACCUAAUGUUCAGAUUGUAUUACUUGGCCCAUAGAAGAUGUUUUGUGGAA